CUCUCUCUAUCCUCUCAGUCUGUGUCAAAUUGUGUUCUCUGUCCUUUUUACCUUUUAUUUUUAUAUAUUUUCUUUACUUCUUUACUGUUGAUCUGGUGUCUUUUGACAAAUAGUUUUUUGUUGAAAUUCAAACUUCUCCCUCUCUCCCUCUCUCUCUCUCUCCCCCCACCCAUCCCAGUUUGGGGUGACGUUCUCAGCCGUGUUUGGCGUGAUUAUCUACCGGAUCACCGUCUCGGCCCUGAUGGCCAUGAGUCCUGACCCGGACACCAAGUCCAACGUGCGGGUCGCCGUCACCGCCACAGCUGUCAUCAUCAACCUGGUGGUCAUCCUCAUCCUGGACGAGAUCUACGGUGCAGUCGCCGUCUGGCUCACUGAACUGGAGAUCCCUAAGACCGAGACGAAUUUUGAGGAACGGCUAAUCCUGAAGGCUUUCCUGCUGAAAUUCAUGAAUGCAUACGCGCCCAUCUUCUACGUGGCCUUUUUCAAAGGGAGAUUCGCAGGCAGGCCUGGGGACUAUGUCUACGUAUUUAAUGACUACCGUAUGGAGGAGUGUGCUCCAGGAGGCUGUCUCAUCGAGUUAUGUAUCCAGCUCAGCAUCAUCAUGCUUGGGAAGCAGCUCAUUCAGAACAACAUCUUCGAGAUUGGUAUCCCGAAGUUGAAGAAGCUGUACAGGACCCUGAAGGAUAAGGACCGGGCCCCAGAGCCCUCAGAGAAUGAGGGGCCCCAGAGCAAGGGCCCCCAGCAGUGGAACUUGGACUACGACCUGGAGCGCUUCGAGGGCCUGACGCCAGAGUACAUGGAGAUGAUCAUCCAGUUUGGGUUUGUGUCUCUGUUUGUGGCCUCCUUUCCGUUGGCUCCUCUGUUUGCUCUGCUCAACAACGUCAUCGAGAUCCGACUCGACGCCAAGAAGUUUGUGACCGAGCUGCGGCGACCAGUAGCAGUACGGGCUAAAGAUAUCGGAAUUUGGUUUAACAUCCUGAGUGGCAUGGGGAAGUUCUCUGUGAUAAUAAAUGCUUUUGUGAUCUCGUUCACGUCGGAUUUCAUUCCCCGGCUCAUGUACCAGUACAUGUACAGUGACACGGGCACCAUGCACGGCUUCAUCGACCACACCCUGUCCUACUUCAACGUCACCAACUUCAAGACCGGCUCCUCCCCCAUCGCCACGCAGUACGGCCACGAGGUGACUGUCUGCAGGUAUAAAGACUACAGGGAGCCACCCUGGGCCUCUGACUCCUACCAGUUCUCCAAACAGUACUGGUCCAUUCUGGCGGCACGGCUGGCCUUUGUGAUCCUUUUCCAGAACCUGGUGAUGUUCCUGGGCGUGUUGGUGGCCUGGGUGAUCCCGGACGUGCCGAAGAACAUCAGCGAGCAGCUGAAGAAGGAGAAGACUCUGCUGGUGGACGUCUUCAUGCGCGAGGAGAAGGAGAAGCUUCAGCUCAUCCAGAGCCUCUUCUCCAAGGACCCCCCCGUCCAGGCCCUUGCCCUUGCCCACGCCCACGCCGGCGCCCAGCUGCCCGACCUGCCCAGGCCCCUGCAGCAGACUCCCCUGAGGCCGGGGGACCUCUCGGUCACCACCUCGGCGCUGCCGCGACCCCGGGCCCGGGCGGCCAGCUUCAGCCAGUUCACCAGGCAGCCGUCCAUGUCACCCCAGAACGAGGCGGCCAAGCACACGGCCGUGUGAGGACACGGAGGGAGAGGAAGCUGGGGGGUGUCCAGCCUUUAGGAAACGCAA